UCUUUAAUAUACACGUUUAUCGAGAUUCUCCAUCGCAUGACAUGAGCUCUGUGAAGGUGGUCAGUUUUACACGGGAAUUAUACGCAGUUUUUCGUGUGUGUGUGUGAAGAACUGCGCUGUUGAAUAAAGGCCUGACGAGGUGCCUCUUUAUUAAAUUAAUCCACGAAUCUUGCGAUCUUUUCCAAUUUGGCGGAACUUGAUCCCUUUCUCCGAAAAUUCUCAACAUUUUUAUUUCGAGAGAAAUGUGGAGCUCGCAGGAAGUUACAGAUCAACCUGAGGCGUGUCAAGAAGCUGGGGCUUUCGGGGACGAACCUUCUGCACCUCCCUUAGUGCUGGAAGAACACCAAGAAACAGAAGAGCAUGUGUCUGAGUCUGGAGACAAGUUGAAAAUCGACAAUGAACCGCAGCAGCCCAAGGCUGCUCCUCGACACUGUCGUCAGGAUCGUGGCAUUCGAGCCACUGUCGGUAUCGACAUCGACACCAAGUUGCCGGUUUUCCGGGGAGCUGAGAAGCUGCCUUUGUCCUGUUCAUCAUCAUCAUUGUCGUCACUGUCGAACCCCCAAGAUGAACCCAAGCCUCGACAGAAGAAGUCGUCUACAGCGGGCAUGGCAACCCGCGGAAUGCAAGUCAAGGACUACUUUGCCAAUUUUGAUUCGACAGACGCAGUGUCUAUGAUGAAUCCAUAUUUGACUGCCUGUGCGCAUUUGCUUGACGUGGAGUAUUUGUUGUCCAGUCUGCUUGAGAUGAAGAGUGAGUUCAAUUGAUGAUCCUUUUUUUGAA